AUACAACCAAAGUGCACAUCAUGGCCUCUCCCUCCGUCAUCCUCAUCGGUGCAAGCGGCUGGCUCGGCAACUACGUCUCCCUCGAAUUCCUCCGCAACCGCUCUAGCUUCACCCGCCUUGCCAUUCUCACCGAAGAACACAAACGCCACAAGUUCGCAGACGUGGAAGCUAAAGGCUUCGAACUCAUCAUCGGGUCCUAUACCGAUGCUGCCUCAUUCAAAGGUUUCGACACCGUCAUCUCCCUUCUCGGCAACCUCGUCAUGAAAGACCAACCCGCCAUCAUCGACGCCGCCAUCGCCGCGGGAGUCACGGAAUUCUACCCCUCCGAGUACGGCAGCGACGGCCACCAAGGCGAGUUCCUCAGCAACGGCUACUGGCGCGAGAAACAGCGCACGGUGGCGCACCUGCGCGCCGUGGUCCCACAGCACGCGAGCUUCAACUACAGCGUCGUGAUGACGGGCCACUUUGUCGAGUUCGCGCUGAUGCCGCUGUUUGGCGUUGAUAUCGCGAAGCACACGUUUGAGUUGUAUGGCAGCCCGGGGAGGGCGGGCGAGUGGACGUCCGCGAGGGAUGCCGCGAAGUAUAUUGUGCAGUCUACGCUCCUCCCGAAGAGCGAGAGCAGGGAGCGCUGGUUCCGCGUCCCGGGGGGGUUGUAUACUUGGCGGGAGGUGAUUGCGACGCUGGAGAAGGUGCAGGGGGUGAAGUAUACGUGUACGUAUUUGUCGCAGCAGGAGGCGGUCGAUAAGGCCGAGGCGUGUAGGAAGGCGGGGGAUGUGGAUGGGGAGUUGGCUUUUUUGUUGAAGAAAAAUUUGGGGGAGCUGGGUGUGGUGGGGGUGCCGCAGCCGUGGGAUAAUGAGGUGUUUGGGUUUGAGCCAGAGGGGUUCGAGCAGGCGGUGAGGAGGAUUUUGGAGGAGAGGAGCGAGGGGCUGCAGGAGUGA